CAAGAAUUGAACUUAAAAAACUAUAAAUCUUUGCUGAAAAAGCAAAAUUAGACAAUUGAUACGUGGUUUGCAAGAACGUAGUGAUUAUAUGCUCUUUGGUGGUUUGGUUUUUUGAAAUAUAGAUGCAAAAUGUACCGUUUAUGUUAGCGAAAUGGGUGACGAAACUAAGGAAGAGCGGCAGGACAACGAAUAUGCGGCUUUGGAGUCCAUAUUUGGUGAUGCGGUGUCUGAUAACCGAGGGCAGAAUGCCUGGAAGGUAUGGCGUCCACUGGACCUGAUGCUGACCCUACAUCCGUUGCAUAAUUCUGGUGUGCAGGGUGUCCAUUGCUCUGUUACGUUACAUAUAACAUGCUGCCCAAACUAUCCUGAUAAGCCACCAGACCUGAACAUCCACAAAAUGCAUGGUCUGUCAACGGAGAAUGCUACCAAACUCCUGGAUGAGCUGAAUGCGUUGGCUCAACAGUUAUGUGGGGAGGUCAUGAUAUUUGAAUUAGCUCAGCAUGCACAGCAAUUUCUACAUGACCAUAAUAAGCCUACUCUUUCUUUCUACGAGGAAAUGUUGAAGCAGAAGACAGAGAUGGAACAGCUUAAGUUACAUGAUAUGCAAUUGAAGGAAGAUGAAGAGAGAAAGAAAAUAAAAGAUGAAAUACAGCGAAGGGAAGAGAUCCUAAAAGCUGCCGGGAGACAGAGGAUACAUCGAUCUAGUGCCAGUCAAGAGAAUAGCACUGAUGGACUAGAUGCUCCAGAGUUAGUAUACUAUGCAGAUAACAAGGCGACACCAAUAAAGAUGUGUCGUAGUGAAAGUGUUAACGUAGCGUGUACUUGCAACAUUAAAUCUGCGCAAGUAGUACGCGUGACACAACGGAACAACAAGAAGGUUUACGUUGGGAACUGUUUAGGUCACUCAUCCAACGGCUCAACAACCUACCUAGCAAUAGAUGAUGAGACCGGGGAACGGCUCAUCACCAAAAAAUGGCUCCUCCCCCCCGCCACAGACUUCCAAACCCGCAGCCGACAACUCAACUCUCUCCAACAAGACUUGAAAAACAUGUGUCGCAUUACUAAAUCCACCCUACUACCAUACACAGCCAUGGAAACGUCAAAGGAAACCACUAAACGGACUGUCAAGAUUUGCAUUUACAUCUUUAGAGAUUUUAUUCUAGGAACAUCUUUAAAUUACCUAAGGACUAAGUUAAAAGUGUAUAAAGAUAAAUACGAAGCGUUAAAGUUAUUAAGGCAUGUAGGUUUAGGUGUGUUCAGUGCUUUGAAAGUGUUACAUGAAGUUGGUGUUGUUCAUAAAGAUGUGAGGAGUGAAAAUGUGUUUUUGGAUGACGGUGGUAACGUGAAGCUGGUCGGGGCGAGUUUGGAUAUGAGAUUGUCGGAGAUGUUGGAGGGAGAAGAUUAUUGUGAUAGGCAGACCAAAGCGCAAGAUAUCUACGCCUCGGCACUGAUGCUUUUAUCCAUAGUAUCACAAGAUAGUGCCGUUCUCGAAGUACCUUCAGAUUUGCCGAGCUCUGCAAAGGAUUUUCUAUCGAGAUGCUUGACAGAAGAAGAGCAUUCCCAGUGGUCAGCCGAGCAACUUGUCAACCACGGAUUCUUGGUUGACUCACCAGUCAUUCAACCUAGCACUAAUCAUACAGAUGACGUUGGCAGUGGUUCUGAGGACGAAGAUCCAGUGAAGCGGAUACAAAGAACGAGUUUACAAAUGAACGGACAUUCUCGCCUCAACGCAGAGUUUGAGGUUCUAACCUGGCUUGGUAAAGGCGCAUUCGGUGAUGUACUGAAGGUGAAGAAUAAACUCGACGGCGGUUUCUACGCCAUCAAACGCAUUCAGCUCAACCCCGAAAACGUAAACUUGAACAAGAAGAUAACUCGAGAAGUUAAAUUACUCUCUCGUUUGAAUCAUGAGAAUGUCGUGAGAUAUUACAACGCUUGGAUAGAGUCCAGUGUUGAGGUGUCAGAGUGUCCUAGCGAAGAGAAAACUCCUACUAGAAAACGAACAGAUCUCAGUUUGGAAGGCGUGGUGGCGAAGUUAGGACAGGAGGUGAAAGUAGAGUGGUCCAUGUCAGAAGGCAUCGUGCAGAAAUGCGAGGACAGCGAGGAUGAAGACCCAUGGUUCAACGGCAGUCCCGAAGACGAAUCCAGCGACGACAUAGAAUUCGAGGACCUAUCAAACAAGUCAGAAACCAUACCAUCAGAGAAUAUCCCAUCAGACACGCCAACCCGCCCGCCCUCUGAGAGGCUCAAGCAAGUCCUGUACAUACAGAUGGAGUUCUGCGAGAAGAAUACGCUGCGGCACGCGAUUGAUAAUGGGCUGUUUAAGGAGCAUUAUAGAGCUUGGAGGCUGUUUAGGGAGAUCGUUGAAGGGUUGGCCCAUGUUCAUCAGAGAGGCAUGAUCCACAGAGAUUUAAAGCCAGUAAACAUUUUCUUGGAUUCCAAUGAUCACGUUAAAAUCGGAGAUUUCGGUCUGGCCACAAAAGCUUUCAGUGGGAUGCCUGUUGAUGAAAGAAGUAAACAAGAAGAAAUCAGCGGUUCCCUUACUGGUCAGAUCGGCACAGCCCUAUACGUAGCCCCAGAACUCCUACAGUCGGCCAGCAAAGUGAUAUACAACCAGAAAGUGGACAUUUACUCGCUUGGUAUAAUUCUCUUCGAAAUGUUCCACCCGCCACUAAGUACGGGAAUGGAACGUAUGGUGGUUCUGACCAAUUUGAGGACCAAGGAUAUCGUCAUGCCGGAGGGAUUCGAGUGUGAGGAUAAUGAGAAACAGAUUAUUGUUAUAAGAUGGCUACUAAACCAUGAUGCCAGCGUCCGUCCAACGUGUGCAGAACUAUUAUCCAGUUCCCAUGUACCCCGCCCAGUAGCCGAAGGCGCCUUAUCUGGACUACUAUCACAUACACUUAGUUCGCGAGGGUCACGUGGUUACCAACGGCUGAUCGGUGCGUGCCUACAACAGGCGCCUUCGACAGCUGAAGAUAUUACAUAUCAUAACGGCAUGAGAAGAGUCCAAUUGCGGUGGUUGACUGAUCGCGUUGCUGAGGUAUUCAGAAGUCACGGCGCGGUCGAAUUCUCCCCACCACUCCUAACUCCUCGAGUUAAGGCGUGGGACGCUUACCCCAACGCGGUAAAAGUCAUGACCGCUUCUGGCACCGUCUGCCAUCUGCCGCAUGACUUGAGGCUGCCUUUUGCGAGACACGUGGCAUACUCUGGAUCGAAAUACAUGCGUCGUUAUGUCAUUGAUCGGGUGUUCAGAGAAAAACACGUACCAGGAUUUCAUCCGAGGGAGAUUAUUGAAUGCGCGUUUGAUAUAUUCAACCCUAAGUCAGACACUCUCUGGCCCGACGCCGAGCUUCUAGUAGUCGCAAGUCGGGCGGCUUCUGAAAGCAGCCUGAAAGUGACGAUACAUCUGAACCAUACAGAGCUACUGAAUGCUCUACUAAUGUCUUGUGGAGUGCCGUUGGAUAAACACGCUGAUAUAUACCCUAUACUUGUUGAUGUUACUUUUGGUCGUAUAACCAGCUUACAGCUCCAAACCCACCUCACAUCCCUCUGCAUCACCAACCGCGACGUCUCCAACCUCCUCGGGCUCAUGGAGGCGGACAUCGCGGUGUACGAAGUGAAGGAGCUCGUCACACGCUUCGUGAAGCAAACCAAGUGGGCGAAGUUGGUGGCCCAAGCUGUGGCCGAGUUGGAGGCGGUCUAUAGGAACGCUAAGGCGCUCGGGUGCGAGUGUCCGAUAACUGUGGCGCCGUUUUUGGCGUACAACGCGACACAGCACAGUGGUGUGUUCUGGCAGAUGUCCAUCGCACGCGACGAGCGUCAUACCAAACGUCGCGCCGGAGACCUUAUUGCUGCUGGUGGCAGAUACGACGCUUUGGUGGAAGAGUUCCGCAAGAUAGCCCGAACAAAAGAUAUCGACAGUGCCAAGCAGAAAUGUUCCUGCGUCGGAUUCUCGAUGUCUUUAGAGAGAAUGGCCACCAUAGUGAAGAAAAUGGAGUCGGAGAUGCCUCACGCAGCGGCUAGCGAGCCAACUCUCAUCUGCGUAAACGUCCACGGCACAGCCGGCAAUGGCCGCGACGGCCUCGCGGCCUCCCAACGGGCACACCUAGCCCGAGACCUGUGGGCCUCUGGCCUCAGCUGCUGCCCCUGCCCCAGUACCGUGGACCGAGAAAAUAGCGGCGCUGGCAUAGUUCUGGAACAUGAAGAUUCUGGGGUUAAAGCAGCCUGGUACAGUGGAGACAGGGUCUUAGAGUUCAAAGUGCCGUACAUCGACGCAGUGGAUUUUGUCAAACAGAAGUUGAAUCCGGAAACAAUGAGGACGCCUGAGAGUACAAACAGCCGCCUAACGUACCAAAACUGGAACGAUGUGGAAAAGUCCAACAGUCCCAACAUUUCUGUCACAUUUAUAACCGCCAGCGAGAAAAUGACCAAGAAUUCUAAGAGAUACUGCGAAAAUUCGAUCAACACCCAGCUGACGUCCACCUUAGUGAACCUAGGCCUGCAACCGUUACUGAGCCGCGUGCGGUGCGCGUGCGUGGCGCUGGCGUGCGACGCGGCCUGCGUGCGCGCGCUGGCCGCGCGCCUCGCCGCGCCGCUGCGCGCGCAGGAUGUACAGAAUGCCAUCGCACAGGUCGUUACUGAAUACCCAAAACGUCAGAAAAUUCUCGAAGAAGCUCAAGAAGAAUUGAUCAACAUCAGCAAACAGAACAGCCAGAGUCGGUCUUCAGACGAAACGCAACUGUACGCGCUGUAUUCCAUACCCGACUCGUUAUGUAGGCUUAUUACUUGAAAAUGGAAACAAAACUGUACAUUUAUUGCGCUGCACCCAACAAUAGACGUUGCUAAAGCGCUUCACACACCCACACAAAGCUAUACGAUAGAAACUCUACAGUUCAUCUUGGUGAGAAGCACAUAUCUCUACAAAUAUGUGCUUCUCACCAAGGCUUUAAACCGGUUUAUAAAAUAACGGUUAAAACCGGUUUAUUUCGGUUUUCCUCCGAACUUUUAUAAGAACGCGAACGUUUGAAGAACUUUAUUGUUACCUAAAAAAACGGUUUAUUCGACGAGAAACAAAACGGCUAGCCGGCCUGGUGGUGUGCCACGUAAACAUAGACACGACAUAGGAAGAAACCGGUUUUUAUGGCUCGUAAUCGGUUAGUUUGACAAGAACUUUUCUCAUAAAAACCGGUUUAAGAAUAGCGGUUUUUCUAGCGAAACCGAAAUGAAAAGGUUUUGCGCCAAGUACAUGAUAACGGUUUGGAUAACCGGGUUCCGUAUUGCUCCUUCCCUGUCGCCAGUUACUUAAUAAAGUAAUGUGUGUGAAGUGCACUAAAAAGCGGCUUAAAACUAUUUUGCAUUCUUUACUUAUAUUUGGACAGUCGCCAUCAGAUAUAUCGGAGCGGCCAACGUGCUCAUAAAUAUCUUAACAUGCCUCCAGCCCUCCAUUGCCAAGGCGCUAGAGUGCGUGUUCAGAUAUUUUUGAAAACCUCGGCCGCUCCGAUAUAUCCGAUGACGACUGGACCUUUACUAAUAAAAUAAGAGUGCUCGGAAUGAAGUAGUUUAUAUAUUUUAUAAAUUACUACUACUUUAAAUUUUAAAUUUGUAAUUUUUUGUGCAAUAUAAAAAAUGAAAGUAGUCAAUUUAUCCAAAUGUAAUUUCAACCAUGUGCGUAAAGAUAUAAAACUUAAAUUUCUGCAUGGAAUGUUUUUAUAUUUUUUAAACUGAGAUUUUAUGUGCCAAUUAUUAAGUUAUUAUACAAUAACUUAAGAUGUAAAUCUGCAUUUAUACUUGUCGAUAGUUUGUCUUAUAUAGGUAGUAUUACUGCAAUUGUUCUGCCGCCAGAGUGCAGCACUAGCACCCAUCGUAAACCAUAGAUUGAAUUAUAAAUACUGCGCCUUAAACUGGUUUUGACAAGUUUACACAGACAAUAAAAUAUGACAUUGAUGCAUCAAGGCGGUUUGUUUACAAAGGGCCUACUGGGAAACGCGAAAACCGAAAUUUAGAUUUUCUUGUUUCGCGGUAAACGCUCAAAAGCAAAUAUAUAUUCUAUACAAAAGCAAAUAUUGUGAAGUGAACAGGCAGAGUUAAAUAAUAAUGAUUUGUACAAAUUAAAAUAAUUAAUUUUGUAAUCGUUGAUUAAAUGGUAUUAUUUUUAAUA